ACAAGACUACAUCAACAUCAAAAUGGCGGCGCCCAGUUGCAGGAACACAGGUGGUAAAAACGUGAGAUAACAUCACACAUUGACACAUAGAUUAAUUCAAUCAAUGUAAGACCGAGUGUUCCAGUGAUUGUUCUUCUACAAUGGCUGCUGGAAUACUCCACCGUACGAUUCUCACUCGCAUUGUAUCUCUGAGUAGCUACCAAUUACAUCAGCAUAGAAGUAUUCAAUCAGUGGCUGUAUUCUCAUUAAUAAGACGUUUUAAUUACCGCCGAGAAGGAAGUCAUGUAUGUACAUCAAGACAACUUCAUGGAUCAUCUGCUCUCAGUGCUAAGAAAGGAAGGAAGCAUCAGACUAAAGUGGAUGUGAAUCGCUCCGUGGACGACAGCAUUCUUGAUUUACAAGAUGUUCACCAAGACAUGAAGACGGCAAUGGAUGCCCUCAAACAGAGUUAUAUAAAGACACUGAACAUCAGAACUUCACAGGGUGUUUUGGAUCAUAUUCAGGUUUCUACCAACGAUGGGAAAUUUUCGCUCAACCAGCUCGGUCAGAUUACUGCCAAGAGCUCCAAUAUGAUGUCUGUCAACAUGACCAGCUUCCCCGAGGCUACUCAGGCAGCUGUUAAGGCCAUCAGGGAAUGUGGAAUGAACUUGAAUCCGCAAGUGACAGGUUCGCUCAUCCAAGUUCCAAUCCCCAAAGUAACUAAGGAGCACAGAGAACAGCUAGCUAAACAAGCCAAAGUUAUGUGCGACAAAUCCAAGGUCUCAGUGCGUCAGAUACGCAGUAAUUACAUCAGUAAAAUCAAGAAACAUAAAGACUCUGCUUCUAAAGACACUCUCUUCAUCCUAGAGAAACAGAUCGGACAAAUUGCCGACGUUACCAUCGAAAAUGCUGAGCAGCUGCUGACUGGAAAAACGAAAGAACUUUUAGGAAAGUGAUUUUUGUUUGUCUAAGGCCCUUUUAGAAACGACGGCUUUGAGUCGGCUUUGGAUUCGGCUUCAGGCGAGCUCGGUCCCGUGGUUGUAUUGACAGUUGCGCGUGCUGUGCGUAUACAUACUCAGGGCUUCAGACGAGAGGACGGAGUCUGAAGCCGAAUCCAAAGCCAAAGCCGUGGUUUUGAAAGGGACCUAUACAUUUUGGUAACGACCCGAAAAGUUUUUAUCCGAAAAGCCUACUUUUUAUAAAGUUGAUUGGUUGUAAGCAUCCUGCAAAAUAGGUUUCACUGAAGUGCCCACAUUGAUAAGAAAUCAAGAAAAGUAUUUCAACAAAUUUGAACGUUCUUUUGGAGACUUGGGGAUUGUAUUUUUAUGGUGUCUGUUCACAUCACAAACGUUGAUGGAUGUGACAUUCUUGAUGAAAAUGUCGUGGUUGUGUUUUCCUGUUUUCUCAACAUGUAGACACGGUAUUCAGCUGUAACUUUCACAUGUAACUUUUAUUGUAGGCCAAUCUUUAUUGCAAAUUUUUGGCUUUAAUCUGUGACCAUACCUUUGAAUAAUAUUGUGACGAUCGUUCAAAAGAAGAAAAAAGGUUGACUAUAAGUCACAUGCAUGAAUUAUAUUGAAUAAGUAUGAUCAAUGGUAUUGGAAUAACAUCAACUUUUUGAGAUCGGCCAGGUCAAAUAAUUUUAGUUUCCUUGGGGGUACAGCAUUGUUUUCAAAGAGGGAAAAUUAAACGGGACUAAAGUGCAUGUUAAAGUAACAACACAUUUCUUUAAAACGAUAUAGAUGUAAAUCCCUAUGUGGUUUAAAAAACUAUAAUGUUUUCAUCAUGUAUGGAGAAUUGGAGGUAAUGUAAAAAAAAAAAAACAUUUAUGCAAUUACAAAAAAAGUGUGAACACAAUUUCUGUCUCCUGUGU